AACUGAGGGCAAGAAUCUGAACAUCUCGGAGCGAUGACUAGCUGAUGUUGGCAAGACGAUCUUGCUAGCCUGGUCUGUAGAAAUGUACAAUAUCUUUCUUCGAACUGGUACUGGUUGUCCCCUACUACAAAGUUGCAAACAGGUUUUGAUUUCUAUAGCAGCAACCGUUUCCAUAUAAAAAGCACCUCCUUGUUCAUCUUUCUGUUCGCUCCUACUUUCGUUGUCGUCGCAAUCGCAUACGGCUCACGUCGACCACCUAAUCCAAGAUUUUACGCUCGUCAGAGAAUACGGACGUUUGUUCACCACUCCAGUGCUUGCUAUACGGAAAUAAACCUUUUGGUCCAGCAGAACUGCAAGAAGCAGAGGAGACAUUAGCAGUGCGGUUACAGGGCGGGCACCAGGACCAGCAUUUGCGGUGCAAGACCUCUGUGAAGAGCUUCGGAAGUAGGGGGCGGCCUGUUACUACACGCACGGGUUCCGGUUCUAUAAGAAGGUGAAUACGAUCAAGUCAAAACUUGUUCCCCAUGGCCGAGGAUUUCCACUUCCUCGACGGCGGAGGUGAUGCCUUUGGCGGGCAACCCCCACCAGCAGGACCACAACAACCUCAAUUUGGGCAGCAGCAGCACCCGCAACAACCCGGGGACCAACCGCAACCAACCCCGUUUGGGCAGCAACCCGUCCUCGCACCUGGCCCUUCUCCUUUCGGGAAUACUCCACAGCAGCAACCACCUCCCGCUCCAACGCCGUUCGGGCAGCAGCCGAAUAAUACCGGUUUUGGGUCAUCGCAAGCCUCAAACGCAUAUCAAAUGCAAAAGUGUCUGGGUCUGGAACAUUCUAAACUUGUAAUGCUGUCUCUGGAUUCUGAAAGAAUUUGUAGUAUUGCAUGACCAGCAAGAGGACUCCAGUUUGUGCUACGCGGAGAGGGCGUUUCCCAUGCGGUACACGUAUCACAAAGCGCUCUAAAAAUCUGUGAUGCUACGGCAUGCAUCACAGACAUCAUGGGUCAUGGAAAAUAUGUAUGACAAAUCUAGAAAUCCUCCAGACCCGGACACUUUUGCAUUUGAUAACGCACCACCCGACUUUUUCGGCGGCGGCGGCAGUGCGGCGCAGGGGGGUAGUGCACCAUCCGGGGGACCGAGGUUCUCACCGUUUGGGGAGGGAGCCGGGACGGCGAACAGUCAGCCGCAGACGCAGCCGUAUUUCAAGUAGUUGGGAUGAAGGUUUCUUUGUAUAAGAUCAUGCGAUAUUUAGCAGUUCUUGCGUGACAAGAUGUAUGUGCGUACUCAAUUACUCCUCACAGCAGUUUUGUUCGCACAACGAAAAUUCCAGGUACAUAAAUCUCCAAAUCGACCAAGAGGAUGUGCUCGGUGAACGCGCACCCAGCGGCACUUCUGGUCGAGGGGCACAGAACAGUACUAUGGACGCUGCGCUGGAUACGAGGAUGGGGCUGUUUGUACUGACAAAAGUUUUUUCUCUGUAUCAGACUCGACACUAAUUUUUUUGAUCAUACACUGCUUGUAAUACAACUGCUAGCAUGACAAAUAAUCCUACCCUAUCAGGAUUAUCAACAUUCAGGUCCAAACGGCUACGUCCGGUGGGAGUUUCAAGCAAGUGAAACCCGAGCUGGCCCACAAGUACGGCGUCGAUGUCGGAAGCGCGCGAGGGGUCUCGGUCACGCAAAUGAGGAAGGCAGCGGUAAAAGAUUUGUUUUUGGUACGACGUUCUGCUGCAAUCUCCUGAAGACGGUACGUAUAAUAGUACAUGAUCGGAAUUACUAGGAUAUGAGUACUAAAGCUCUGGUUGUCCUUGUUCACCAAUGCCCCAACAGCAGCGCAUUUAUUUCAUGAGUAGAAAGUUUUUUCAUACAUAAACAAUCAAAACAGGCCGGCCCUGGCUCCUUCAGUUCCACGCUGGAUGGGCACAAGCAAGAGGGCGACCGCGCUAUCAUGGAUACCAUGAGUACCCGAGCGUCGGCCGCGACGUUGAAGGCCGUCACGCUCGAUUUUGAGGUGCAAGGGCUGAAACUGCAACACACCAACGACCGGGACAUCUUCGACUUGGUUGUGCAAGCAGAGACAACGCAAGAGUACACAGACCAGGUCUUCUUCGGGUUUCAGGGGAUGUUGUGCGCCGCGGCCUUGGUGGUGUUGUAUGUGCUUUUCGGUUACUGGUCGAAUCCGACCGACUGUCUGUCUCUGCUGAAGCUCUUCGAACCUGGGCUGUCCAGAAUAACCUUCGCGCUCGCACAGGUAUUAAAGAUUUCUGUUUAUUUUGAGACAGUGUCGUGUUUGUGGACAUGCGUAAGUGACGAGAGAGAACAAGUCCUAAAACAACACUAACGGCUGAUCAAAUGAGUUGCCAAGAAUGAAUCCCCAUGAUGGUCAUCUCUUCAGAUCGCCUCCGUCGGCGCACUCCUGCGGCUGGUGAAGUGCUACGAACACUUGCGCGCCUUCGAGGUUUUCGAGAACAAUUUCACCCAGCUCCGUGACCAGGCGAUGGAGCCGAUCGAAAACAACAGCUCGUCAACCGCUACCACGACCCAACUCGCAGCGCUGAAUGCUAGUACCACCGCACAUCAAGGGAAAUCCGCCACGACCCUGUUCAACAACUAUGCGAAUCUCCAGCUUUUGUCCGAGAACCGCGUCCCGGUCGUGAAGCAGGCGGGCGUGUGCGUCGCACAGGCGGCAGCGAACAUCGCGGUGGUGUGUUUGUGCAUGAUCACCAGUUACAACGACAUGCGGAUCAAAAACGGGUACAACCAGGACUUUGGGACUUGUCCAACCGCCAAUAAACCGCUGACGGGCACGACCACGUUCUCCACCGGAACGUUCACGACGGGGGGAAGCACCUACAACCUCGCCACCCAGGGCUACACCGUCACGCUGGCGAACGCAGACGCCGCCGCGCCGGCGUGCGCGUGUACCUGCGCGGACUGCUGCUGGAAGACGCCGAACUAUUUGGCAGAAUUUGAAAGCAGCGGGUUCGACUCCUGGCGCGUGCAAACGAUGGUGAAGGCGAUUUUCGCGCUGGUCGCGUUUGCAUUGGCGGUCAAGGAGCGGUCGACCACUUUCUACUACUGCACGCUGCCGGUCAUACAUCCACGUGGAAUUUGAGCGGAGGGAAUGGGUGUUUUUUGUGGUUGAAGGUUGGAAGCUGUGGUGAGAUGAAGUCCGCCUUAAAAUUGCCGCGAGCAGGCUGAGAUGAAUCCAUCGCGUGUAGUGAUCAUCGGGAAGCACUCGCACUGGCGUUGCAGUACUGCAAAAGUAUGAUCAUACUCAGGACAGGCGAAUUUUGCGGACUGCCUGUUUGCACAUGCGCAAUGUUUUUCGUGGUUGCGAUGCGCC